AUGACUCCGUUUCAACUGUCUAUAUUCCAGUGGUAUGCAGUGCCUGGAAUACUCCUGCUGGCCCUCGUCGGCCUGCUGCUCCACGACUACAUCCUCGUCCUGCGCAUGCCCCCCGGCCCCCGGCCGCUGCCCUUCAUCGGCAACAAGCUGAUCAUCCCCAAGUCAAAGCCCUGGAUCCAGUUCGAAAAAUGGUCAAAGAUCUACGGGCCCAUCUUCACCCUCUGGAUCGGCCGCCGGCCAACGGUCGUCAUCUCCGACCCGCACGUCGCCGUCGACCUGCUCGAGAAGCGCAGCAACAAGUACAGCUCGCGCCCGCGCUUCGUCGUCAUGGGCGAGCUGUACUGGGACAACGCCAGCAUCCUGGUGCAGCCCUACGGCAAGCAGUGGCAGGUCCGGCGUCGCCUGCUGCACCAGGCCCUCAACCCGUCUGCUCUGCGUCUGUACAAGCCCGUGCAGCAGGCCGAGGCCUCGCGGCUGUGCCAUGCGCUGCUCGCCCAGCCGGAGCGCUACGAGGCCCUGAUCGACCGCUUCACGUCGAGCGUCGUCUUCAGCAUCGCCUACGGCCACCGCGUCGACUCCAUGGACGCGAAGAUCAUCCGCCAGCGCCUCGAGUUCAUGCAGUACGCCGCCUCGCUCAAUGUGCCGGGGCGAUAUCUGGCCGAAAGCCUGCCCUUUCUCAAAUACGUGCCCAACUUCCUCGCCCCGUGGAAGGCCGAAGUGCAGCGUCGAGGCCGUGUCGAGGCCGCCGUCAACAUGGCGCUCGUGCGCCAGGUGCAGGACGAGAUGAAGACGAGGAAGAACGUGCCCGACUCGCUGACCAAGCUGCUGCUGCAAGCCCGCGAGAACGACCCCGAGGCGUUUGCCGUGCUGAGCGAGCGCGACUUUUCCUUUGUGCCAGCCUCGCUGUUCGGCGCUGGCAGCGAUACGACAGCCAGCACGCUGUGCAGCGGCAUCUUGAUGCUCGUCACGCAUCCUGUCACCCUGCAGGCGGCGCACGCCGAGCUGGACGCCGUCAUCGGGCCUGAUCGAUCUCCAACCUUCGACGACGAGAAGAACCUGCCGUACAUCAACGCCCUGUGCAGCGAGAUCCUGCGCAUCCGGCCCGUGGCCGUGCUGGGGGGCACGCCGCACGCCAACUCCGAGGCGGACGUGUAUCAAGGAUACUACAUUCCCAGGGGCACGACCAUCCUGGCCAACUCGUGGGCCAUCAACCUGAACGAGCGCUACUACCCGAAUCCGCACCACUUCAACCCUCUGCGCUUCCUGCCGGACGACGUGUCGCCGGCGUCGCUUUCCUAUCUGCCUAAGGACUACGUGGCGACGACGCCGCAGGAGAAAGGCGAGGCUCAGCACCCGUCCAAAGACGGCCAGAGCUCGUUCGGCUGGGGGAGACGCAUCUGUCCGGGAGCAGGUCUCGCGCGGAAUUCCCUCUUCAUCGCCGUCGCCAAGCUGCUCUGGGCGUUUGACAUCCUGCCUGUACGUGAGCCGGACGGGUCGGUGCGGCAGUACGACACGUUUGCGUAUACCGAGGGCUUCAAUGUGCGGCCUAUGCCGUUCGAGUGUGUGAUUCGCGUGCGCAGCGAGCGUCAUCGGGCGGUGCUGGAGAGGGAGAUGGCUGAGGCGGAGAGGGUGUUGGAAAAGUUUACGGCGUUUGAGUAG